UUCUCCGCUCGGCUCGCACCGCUGCUGGUUCCCAGCGAGGCGGCUUCCAGCUCCAAACCCCCCCAGUCCCCGGACCAGCAUCCAGAGGCUGACAUCUGCUGGAGGACUGUGACCCGGGGCCACUGCCAGGCCAGGCCUCCCUGCUCCGGACUGACAGUCGCACAGCUCCACUGCUGGUAUCGUAUCAUGGGGAACCUACUGAAAGUUUUGACAUGCACAGACCUGGAACAGGAGCCCAAUUUUUUCCUCGACUUUGAAAAUGCCCAGCCCACGGACGCAGAGCGCGAGGUGUGGGAGCAGGUGGACGUGGUGCUGAAAGACGCCAAGGGGAUCCUGGAUGAGCUGCAGGCGUACAAGGGAGCGGGCCAGGAGAUCAGAGAGGCGAUCCAGAAUCCGAACGAUGAGGCGUUACAGGAGCAGUCGUGGGCGGCCGUGGUUCCCUUAGUGGGGAAACUGAAGAAGUUCUACCAGUUCUCCCAGAGGUUAGAGGCGGCGCUGCACAGCCUCCUGGGAGCUCUGACCAGCGAGACGUACGACGACCCCACUCAGCACCUGGAGCGGGAGCAGGCGCUGGCCAAGCAGUUUGCCGAGAUCCUGCACUUCACUCUGCGCUUUGAUGAGCUUAAAAUGACAAAUCCUGCCAUUCAGAAUGACUUCAGUUAUUACAGGAGAACGCUGAGCCGCAUGCGGAUCAACAACGUGCCGGCGGAGGGUGAGAAUGAAGUCAACAACGAGCUGGCCAACCGGAUCUCUCUGUUCUACGCCGAUGCCACGCCCAUGCUGAAGACAUUAAGCGACGGCACGACAAAGUUUGUGUCGGAGAACAAGAACCUGCCUAUCGAGAACACGACAGACUGCUUAAGCACGAUGGCGACCGUGUGUAAAGUCAUGCUGGAAACACCGGAGUACCGCAGCCGCUUCGCCAGCGAGGAGACGGUGUCGUUCUGUCUGCGGGUCAUGGUCGGGGUCAUCAUCCUGUACGACUACGUCCAUCCCGUAGGGGCCUUCGCCAAGUCAUCGAAAAUCGACAUGAAAGGCUGCAUCAAAGUCCUCAGAGAUCAGCCUCCGAACAGUGUGGAAGGCCUUCUCAACGCUCUCAGGUACACGACCAAGCAUCUGAACGAUGAAUCAACCAACAAGACUAUCAAGAGCAUGCUGCAGUAGGACCGAGCUGCCUGCUUGCCUCACAGCCUGCUGGGGGGGGGACGCCACUCUCCUGACUGAUGUCGGUGCACAGAAUGUUUUUGUUUUUUUCCUUUUUAAAGAGCUGCAGCUCCGCCCUCUUUUUAUAUUGCAAAAUGCUACUGCCAUUAUGAAACGUCUUUUUCUGUGCCAAAAAGAUGUCGCUGUGAUGUUUUCGAUAAAAAGGCCAUGAAACAAUGGCAGCUGAUGAAAACAUAGCAGAACCUCUGGGGUUUUAAAAAUGUCUUGUUUUUUUUCCCUGUUUAAGGGACGGGAGUGCUUUGACUUGAAAAUUUAAAAGAGAGAGAUAUAUAGAGAAGUAUAUAUUAUUUUUGUUUGAUUCGUUAUUUAAUAUUACAUCUUCUGCAUGAUGAAAAUUGUCUUUCUUUCCUUGUAUUUAAAAAAACUAAUGGUUCAGUUUAAUUUGUCUGCUCUAUUGUGCAUUAUUACAUGUUUUGUUAUUGAAAUGGUACUUGUCAAAAUGAGAUUUCAGAGUACUGUUUUUAUAUUUUUUUAUAGGUUUUAAUUUGUGCAUAUGACUUUUUUUUCUCAUAGUUGUGUUGUAUUUUUCAUUUGAAAACUUUCAAACUGUGAUGUGUGCAAAAAUCUAAAUCAAAUUGGGAGCGUGUACUGUACGUGGACAGUAAGUUGUGGCUGGAGACAUUAAAAAGAGAACUCUGGUUUUCUACCA